CUGGCGAUCAUCAGUAGAUUCUGCGUCAUCAUCUGCCAACCAGGCUAUGGCUCCCGUACUCGUCUACUGGAAUGUCAGGUCCCUGGCUCAACCAAUCCGCAACCUGCUCGUCCACAAGGGAAUCGAGUUCGAGGACAAACGGUACGAGAUCGGCCCGUCGCCCGACUACGGUAGGUCCGCCUGGCUCAAGGACAAGUUCACGCUGGGCCUGACGUUCCCAAACCUUCCGUGCUACAUGGACGAAGACGUCAAGUUGACCCAGAGCUUGGCCAUCCUCCGCUAUCUCGGAAGGAAGCACGACCUGGCUGUCAGGAAUAAUCAGGAGACGGCGGAACUGGACGUGAUUGAGCAGCAGGCGGGGGACCUAUGCCUCACGCUGAUCAACGCGGCCAGGCUGGAUCCCAAGGCCGAGGGUGGCAUUUACUCGUACGCCGAAACGAUGGGCGCGAUCCUAGGACCCUGGAACGACUUCCUAGCCUCCAGGAAGUGGACGAUAGAGGAGAGGCUGACUUACGUGGAUUUCCUGCUCUACGGAGGGCUCGACUGGCACCGAGUGUUCAAACCGUCGGUUGUGCAAGGUUAUCCAAACAUCGUGGAGUACCUGAAACGGUUUGAGCAGCUGCCCAACAUGCAGGAGUACUUCGCCUCGGACCGCUACGUCGAGUGGCCCAUCCUCGGUCCGCAAAGGACGUGGGGCUUUAAGAAGUCUUCCACCACAUGAGGCGCAUCGGGCGCUGUUGCAGUUUGCUUUCGAAAUAAAUGUGUCUC